GGCUCCUGACAAGAAUCCCUGCCCUGGUUUCUUGCCUCCACCGAAAUCAUCAACUCCGGCCUGGCGCAGGGUAUCCCUCCAGUCAACCUCUCCUUUACCCUCUCCACUACGAACGCCAUCCAACUGCCAUCUCGAGCUAAGAGCACCCUGCAUUAACAAGAGCCCAAGGGCAGUCCGAGUCGUGAGGGUGAUGAUGCCGGUCAAUCAGGGUUCUCGACAGUGCAAAGGGUCACUCCCACCGACGUAACUUUACAGAUGCAAGCACUGGCACUGUCUUGCAAGCUUCCGUGCUGUUCAAAACAAACUUAUCUACCCUCACAUUCCCCACACAUUGCGCGAACGGACCUGAUCCUUUCAUACUUCAAGACACAGUUCAUCUACUCAGCAUUCCUGCCUGCCUGAAAGACAGGUCACCUCUGAGAAACAUCCAUUGACUCGAGAGAUAAAGAGCGAAUCACACUUGACCACUAUUCACAACACCCGAGAUUAGAGAAAGAUCCCAUCAGAUCUUUUAUCUGACCACGACCGUUGAAACUCAACUGCUUCCAUUUGGCUUUCCAACCUUCCUACAACAGCCAAUCCUGUCGAUCUGCCGUUCGCCGAACUGGUUUGAGGAUUGCGCAUCACCGCAGCAGAAAGGCUACGACUGUCUGCUAUCAAAAGUCAAAGGGGCACUGCUCAUUCCGCUAUCGACGACUCCAGCAAAAGAUCAUCACCGAUCGUCUGUGGAUCUCUCAUUGGCAGUUGCCGGCUCCAGGCUCUCCACACGAUAUCCUACAUAACACUCGCCGAUCCCCUCGGUCAGAGUUGGAUCGUCUUACACGUUCCAGGAACCAGUAUUCAGCUGGCCCUUCUAUUGCUACCAAGUUCGAUAUCUUGCCUUGAGCGAGGUCAACACAUAACGUGGCCCUUCACCUCGAAGCCUUUCGAUUAUACUCUGCCCUCAGAACACCGCCCCCAUGACGAUGGUCAUUGACAACCAAGUUCGACAAUACGGCGGCAUGGGUUACGACCACAUGUAUCCCAGCAUGCAUACGACGCCGCAGUUCAGUGACCCGUGGUCGCAUCAGACCAGCACGUCCAACACCUCCUUUCCUGGUCUGUCCAAGACGGAUAGUUCCAGGUCUACCAUGUCAAUGCCGUAUUCACACAUGCCACCUGUCUCUGGCUCCAUGGCUCAAGGUAGCGACUACUCUAACACUGGAUAUUCUGGCACGGAUGUACUAAAUUUUCCUCAAGACAUCCCACGCUCGACCUAUGGCGAGCAGUCUUAUCCUUCUGCAUCUACGGCGACGACGACGUCGUCGUACGCUCCAUCAUACUCUUCCAUAAGCUAUGCACAAUCUCUUGCUCAACAACAGCAGCAGCAACAACAACACAGAAAAAUGUCCGAUGUCGAUAACUCUCGCGCUGCGACGGCCAGCUUCGGUGAGCUGGACGCCUCUAGAGGCAUGCUGGCGCUCAGCCACCAAAACCUUCAGGACUUGACGCCCCGCAACAUCUACGAAGCCCGGACUCAAAGAGCCUCGACGGACGCAUAUGGUUUUCCGCAGACUGCCUCUGCUCACUCGUCGAUCUCGAAUGAGUCGGGUCGCGGCUAUCCGUAUUAUGCGCCGAGCUCAGUUGGCUCCGUUGCCGACUCUGCCACAGAUUAUAGCUCAGCUGCCUCAGACGCAGGUUAUGAGUCAAUGGCGGCGUCGCGAACACUUCCACGACCGACGCAAUUGCUCGGAGCUCCGCUUGUACCUCCAGCCCCUCAGUCUAUGAUGGGCCAAUUUUCCUCCAAGAUGUCGGCCAAUACCCAGAAGAAGCACAAAUGCAAGGUUUGCGACAAACGUUUCACUAGACCGAGUUCGCUCCAAACGCACAUGUACAGCCACACAGGCGAGAAGCCGUUCGCCUGCGAUGUUGAAGGCUGUGGUCGUCAUUUUUCCGUCGUCUCCAACCUGCGCCGCCACAAGAAGGUGCACAAGGGCGACAGCACGUCGACUACCAGCCACUCAGAUACCGAGGAGUAAUUGUCUGGUUGUCCAAAAAUGGUUUCAAAAGCAGUUUGCUGGCCAUCUCAAUAGGCCAAUCCUCAGGCACUCUUGGACAGUGCCUUGGGCGGUUUUUUUGCUGAUGAUACAACAUUUUUGAGCGCUCACGCUUCGGGGCAGCGUGGGGCUCGUGUACAACAGGGGGUUAGAAAGGGCAGCAGACGGAAAAAGCCCGGUGCUUGCCGCACCGACACCGGCAUCAGAAAUUGCCACUCUAUUCGAUUCACGACACUCGCUAUUUCUAUCUAUAUUGUUUAUUGUGACGACUUGAUACCCAGCGAUGACGGUUCCUAUCAUGAAUGAUUUCUGCUUUUCCGCAUGGUGAGCCCCGGAAGCUCAUGGCAGCGAAGCAGCGGGCCAGGAAAGAGUAGGGUCAGCGUCGGAGUCCAACGAGUUUGCUAUGGUACUUCAUGGCCGGCGAGGACUGGGGAAGCGUGGGAGGACUGUGAUUCAAGUGGGUUUACGUUGAUACCAAACUGUGUUUGACGUGCGGGAUGUCUAGAAGUCCCAACUGCACGAUUGGGUGAUAUGAGGUAUAGUGUGCCGGGGUCGGAAUUUGUGACUGCGGCGCAUUGAGUAAGAGCCUCUACAUGAAUGAGAAAUAUGUGUGCAAAUAA